AUGCUCCGUCUUUAUAAGGCAUUUAUACUUCCUCACUUUUAUUAUUGUUCUAUGGUGUGGCAUUUUAAACAAGAUUCUGAUAAACUGUACCUUUUAAACAAACGUAUUCUUCGAUUUAUUUUCAAGGAUUUUAACUCUGAGUACAAUAAUUUACUUACAAAGGUAGGAACUGCAAACCUUAAGGACAAGCGUUUACAAAACAUGAUUCUUACUAUUUUUAAAUGUCCUCAUUUUUCUGAUUAUCCAAGAUAUUUAAAAGAUAUGUUUCGUUUACGCUCUAGCACCUAUUUUUUAAGAGGACAUAAUAUGGUCUGUUUGCCCAAACCAUUGACCACUUCUUAUGGUAUCAAUUCCUUUAGUUACUUGGCAGCAACAUCUUGGAAUUCUCUUCCUGACCAUUACCGCACUUUUUCUGAUUUUACUUCUUUUCGACGACUGAGAUCUACUGGG